AUGGCAGAGACUCUUGCAAAUGUGUUUCUGGAAACCGUGGGUGAUUUAGUGGUUGAAGAAACAAAGUUUUUGGUUAGUGUGGGCGGUGAUGUUAACAAAGUGAAAGGCGAUUUGGAAAGCAUAGAUGCGUUGUUGAUGAAAGCAGACAAAGAGAGACACGAUUCUCCAAGUCUAAAGAGUUGCAUUUCCCAACUCAAAGAUGUUGAGAAUCUUCUUGAAAAGUACGCCGUUGAAGUUCAAUCCCAUUUCAAAGGUACAUUUGCAUCACGAGUGAGUGUUACAGUGUCCACGAGACGUAUGCUCAUGAGGUUGACCUCAUUUCGUGGGAUGGAGAAAGACAUCGAGGUGAAGGAUGAUAAAAGGCAGCGAAUAGUGAAGAUAUACGGGAUGGGUGGUCUCGGAAAAACCUCCAGUCUUAUGCUCGAGUAUGGCAAGGCAGAGGUUAAAGGCAUGGAAGUUGAUGAAUUGGUGAAUAGAAUUCAGAGUUCAUCACUGGAAAGGAAAUGCGUGAUUGUGAUAGAUGAUAUAUGGGAAGAUGAUCAUUGGGAGAUCAUAAACAAAGCUCUUCCGAUGAAUUGUGUUAAAGACUACAAAAGAGUAAAACAAGUGCUAGAGUUGAGCUAUGAUGCAUUACCAUAUAACUUGAAACCAUGCUUCCUCUUUCUAGCAUGUUUUCCUGAGGAUGAAUUGAUAUCACUAGAGAAAUUGUAUUUAUUAUGGAUGGCGGAAGGCUUCAUUUCACACCAAGAUAGAGGACCUAACGAGACUCUAAGAGAUGUAGCCCAAAGAUAUCUAAGUGAGCUUGCUAUGAGGUGUAUGGUUCAACUACAUGAAGCUGAGAUCUACACUCCGCGUGAUAAGUUUGAUUCGUGUGGGAUUCGUGAUUUAAUGCAUGAUCUCUGCUCUUCUAAAGCUGAAAAUGAAACCUUUCUGAAGCGCAUCGAUGCUUCCAAAUAUCUGAAUGAUUGCGUGUUAGCACUACCUCCAUCCAUUGGCAAUUCCGUAAGCAGAUUAGCCAUCACUCGUGAACACAAUGCGUAUAUAUCAAGUGUAAAGGGGUUAGAGGAAGUUAAAGAUCUUAGAUCCGUCAUGCUUCUUCACAAGAGGGAUUAUUGUUAUGAAUCCAUUAAGUUGAAAGAGAAAGGUUGUAAGUUUGAAGGGGAAAAGUUACCGAGGAAGGUGGGUGAACUGAUUCAUUUAAGGUACUUGAGUUUGAAGUGGUCUAAUGUGAGAAAGCUACCAAAGUGUGAAUGUAGCAUGCCAUACUUGCAAACCUUAGAUUUGCGAGUAUACUUUUUGAAUGUCAUUAGAUUGCGAAAUGUUAUUUGGAAGAUGAAAAAGCUAAAGCAUUUGUUUCUCAAUGAAAUAAAAGUGAUUGGAGGUGAGAAACUAAGAUUAGAUGGGCUAGAUGAGUUGGAGACAUUAGAUGAGAUCAGAAGUGAGACUGCUCGCAUUGCAGAUAUCCCCAAAUUGAUCAGCCUACAGACACUGAGUGUUAAAGUUCGUGAUGAUUGUGAUGCGGAUAACAUGUCAAUUUUGUUGAGCAACAAAAAUAGACAAUUACGUGAGACUUGUCUUGAGGUUGAGUCAUGCGAUUUAAGUUGGGAGAAAGGUAUGGAGUUUUUAAGUGAUGGGUUGACGUCUCCUUCGUUGAUGACAAGGACACUAAUUUGCCAGUCAAAGUCAUUCCCACAACUCAAGGAGCUUCAUCUUUCCUACUUGUCCGCUUUAAAGGAAUGGAAAGUUGAAGAAAGAGCAAUGGUGAAACUUGCUUUCUUGUCGAUCCAUUCGUGCAACAAUUUGAAGAAGGUUCCGGAAGGUUUGAGAUCCAUCUCCACUCUUCGAGAGAUGGUUAUCGGGCAAAUGCCAAUAGAAUUCACUGAGAAAGUAAGAGAACAAGCUUAUUUCCCAUUUGUCAAGAUUGAGAGAUCUCCAUGGGAUUGGGAUAGGGAUAGUUCUCAAGAUUGA